GUUCUUCCCAACAAGUCGUCAAGAAUCUUUAGAGGAAAUUCCGUGAGGAAAAAGUGUAGUUUGGUCCAAUUUUUCACCAAAUUUAUGUCUUUAAAAUAUGUUGAUGUAAAUGAAUCUUGGGGUUUUGAACCGCAUGAAUUCUAAUCAAAAGGAGGACAAGGUAUAUCAAGAAAAGAUGUAUGUCGACUGGUCCUCCUUUUCAUUCUUCAACCAAAGCAACCACAUAGAAAAUAGAUCUGUAUUGACAUCUUUACCUUUAUCUCCUGAUGCACUCAAGCAAAUAGUUGCAUUUGUUGUGCAGCCAAUAGCAGCCAAUAUAGGUAUUACCCAUCCAUCACCUCAUUCAGCAAAAUUGACUACUGACAGGGAAGUCAACUGGUGCAUGGAAGUUAUUGGUUAUGGAUUAACUUUACCACUUAACACAGCAACAACAGAACAUGAUUCAAUACGGGAUUGUGUUCAUGUUUACUGUGAGUGGCUCUCAGCAUUACUGCCUCAACCAAAGUCGGCUGUUCCCCUGCCAUUGUUAAAGCUACCUAAUCAUUAUUCCAGAAAAAUUAUUUAUCAACUAUUUCAAAUAUUCAUUCCUAGACCUGGAGAAGCACCGGAUUUGAUAAAUCGCCAAGCUGUUCUUUGUCAUAGAGUCCUCCGAACAAUCCAAUCGGUUGUUAUAAACUCCUCAAUAAUUGACCAGGAUACAUGGGAUUCGCUUCUUUUGCUACUUCUGACCGUCAACGAUGUCCUUUUAGCUCCUCCUACUGUUCCAAAUGAUAUAGGCGAUCAGCUUUGUGACCGCGUUUUAAGUGUGCUUUUCGAGAUUUGGCUUCAUGCAUGUGCCAAGAGCUUUCCGUCCCCUCGGAUGUGGAAAACUUUAACCGAACUUGCCCAGUCCUGGCGGCAUCGCACGAGUUUGAUCACUCAAUGGAAUCGAAUCAAUUUGGCCUUAACUUCGCGAUUACUUUCUGAGUUGUACGGUCCAGCAUUUCUUAAAUACGCUACAAAUGAUGAAUAUAUGCUAGUUCCGUCCCAAUUAUCCGGUGAGGUCUUGGCCCAAACUUGGUAUAGACUAUUGCACUGCAUAGGCAAUCCUGUUCAACUGGCACGUCCAAGCGUAAUAAGCCAGACUCACAAGUUUUUGCAAUAUACGAUCAUCAGUUCUCAACUUUCAGAUCCCAGUCUGCACCCAUGUCUUUUUUCAUUACCAAGUAUCUUUGUAGAAGCAAUGAAAGGGGUUGCUGGACUGGUUGAUGCAUUCCUAGGCUUGCGUUCUUCCGUUUUCCCACAUGAAAGGACGGAUCGUACCACAUCUAGUGGGAAUUCGGGGCGUUCGACACUUCCAACUGAUUUUGCUGGGGCUUCAUUACCGUCAAACGCGAUGUCCCACAGAGCUCGAUGUAAUUCUCUAUUGCAUCUGUUCGGUUCGUGGCUGUUUGAGGCAGCUCUGAUUGACUGUGAGACCCAAUUCAGUGUUAAAACUUCGGCCGUUGAAUCCAACACCUCAAGUCUGCACAUGGCUGACAGGUCGCGUGCAUCAAGCGUUAGUGUCACAAGCGAAUCAUCACUCCAAUCAAAUCGUCCACGUAGUGCUACCGUUGUUGAGCUACCUUCCGAUACUUCCAUUGGGGGUACGGCAAUAGAAGGAUACGAAAAUGGCCGAGCAGAAGCAUUAGGAGCUCUCUGUCGCAUUUUUUGUUCAAAGAGUACAGACGAAGAAAUAUUGCCGCAGUACCUUGCUCGCUUUUACUUGGUGAUAAAUAAUGGUCUAAAAAUUAAAGAGGAAAAGUUUAUCGGUGAAGCCAUGGCAAGCAUUUUGUUGCAUUCUGCUGAUUUGUUUCGUGUUAACCUAGAUGGCGUUUUUACGCUGAUUCCAUCAGUUAUAGAAUCUUUGGAAGUUAUUUUGCUGGCCAAAGAUCUCAAAAUCAGACCUAGUGUAAACCGAGUAGAUCUACGACGGGCCUCUAUCCAUGUGCUUUUAUCAAUCUUGGCCGCACCUCUUCAUUUUCACUCAUUACCAAUCAAAGAAUUGGCUGGAUCUCUUGGUGAACGCAAUGCGUUACCGACAGUUUUUUCCAAUAUCCGCCCACGCCUGACGCAACUUGUGCUGUCUGCUUUACAAGUGGAAACAGAUUCUUUGAAUAGUCAUCUUCUUUUAGGUGGUUUGGCCAGCCUAAUCCAAGAUUUGGCAGCAUUUGAACAGCCUGAGCAAAGUACAGUAUCGCUGGCGCCGAACACUUAUCCUACCCCGAUGCAAGCUGAUAGUGCAUCAAACAUGAUGUCUUCAACUUCAGAUACCCACAGUUGUCAUAGCACAAGUUCUAACUCGUAUCCCAGUGUAAGUGAGAUAACAUUCGACUCUCACCUUGAACAUGAUGCGUCAUACUCCGACAGGAUGUCUUGCACCGGACCGCUUUUAACAUUUCCUCUAGGGUCUUUCCAUGGUGUGGUGAACGCCACCUUCCAUCUGGUAUCUUCCAAGCUUCUUGCAUUAUGGAAAGCAGAUCUAAAUACUUCUCUUGCUGCACUGGAACUCCUUGCAUUUAUGGCGGAGAUUUUGGCGAAGCUACGAGUUCCUGAUCAACGGGAAAGUCGUCGAGUAAUUCGCGUUCUUUGCGAGUAUAUUUCGGUGCAGUGUUCUCGCCCACCACCGGCACAUUCCAAAGACCUUCAUUCUACGAUAGUUGCAGCUUUUAAUUGUUGUGCCUCGUGGUUGUUCGCACAUCCUUAUCUGGCAACGGACUCCGAAUGCAUGAAUCUCAUUCUUCAGGUUAUAGAACUGGGAAUCUCCGGGUCAAAGUCGCAGACAGGGAAAGCUGGCGAAAUUCUACAGCUGAAACAUGAAAAACACUUGAAGCCUGUAUCUCUUCGGGUUCGUGACGCUGCGGAAUUUUUACUAACGUCUUUGGUGGAACAAGUUGGUAACUUUCCUUCCCCAACUGGAACUGACUCUCUAUCCUGCCUUUUAAAUGAAGAAGACCUGUUGCAAAAAUCAUGUGUACCGAAAACUGACUCCAGUAAAUCUCCCAUCUCAGCUUCCCAGCAUUUCCGAUAUUUUGCUGCAUCAGAAGGAACCAUUCUACUUGGUGUGUUGGAGCAGUCUCCUAGCAGAACGUUAGACUCCGACCCCAUGGUUACAAUCCUUAUCCGCAAUCAAUUUGGCCGGCAAGUUUGGGCUUCGCAGAUACGUCACUUACCACGACACAAGUGUGGAGUUCACAGCUAUAUGGUCAAUCCUGGGCGACCCUUGCCAAUGAACGAUUUUGGACCGGUAUUCGCCUUUGAGCCGCAGUACUUUCCUGAAUCUGUGGAUCGAGUGCGGCGUUGUUUGGCAGAUAAAACACUACCUAGUAUGGACACGCCAUUAAUGAUCGACGAUCGCAUAGCGGCAGAAUUAGACAAACUUGGUAGAUUGGUCGAUGGGUCAGUAACUUCAAAAAAUUCAGAAGUUCAAGAAGAAACUGGAGCUAAGCUGGAGUGCCAAUCUCCUCCGCUCUGUAACGAAUUUCAAACAGCCCGGCUAUUCUUGUCGCAUAUCGGCUUCCUUUCUGUUGAGGGCCUUCAAGAAAACUCCAUUAGAGGAAGUUCAUUAAUUGGAUUAGAUGCAUCUUCUGCACAUUUUUCAGAAGACUUGGAUUCUCUCGACCGAUUGGGAAGCCGUAGUCAUGACACAGUUUGUGUGUUUUACGUUCGGUCAGGACAAAAAGACAGUUACGAUAUCCUCUCCAAUACGACGUUGACCUCAUCAUUGAAUCCGCAUUUUGUGGAAUUUCUGCAAACUUUAGGAUGGUCUCAAGCACAAGUGAAAGCCGACUUCGAAAAAAGGAUAGGAACAGACUUCGAAACAAAUUGUCUUCAAGUAAAUUUCCAAUACCUUUACUGGGCUGACGGAGUUUCCGAAAUCUUAUUUGGUGUUCCGGCCUUAAACUCGUCUUUGACAUCAUCAGUAUCUUCACCAUUUCACCAGUCAUCGACGCCGUGUCAAUCGUUGGAAAAUCAUUUGAAAACCGAAGAAAGACAAACAUCCCCGUCCAAAAGAGUCACCAAAAAUGCUAGUUUAUCCAUUUCGGAAGUUAAAACGGUCGUCGUGUGGUGUGAAAGCUUUGAGGACCACCAUCAUUUCCCAAUUGGUGACUUGCUGGAGACGAUUUGGAAUGGCCGUGAUAACGUUGGACACGUGAAAACAGAAGAAUUAGUAGGCGACUGCUUCAUUAUUUUUAUUCAUGCGCAGCAGUCAGGAUUAUACCGUAUUCAUUUGCGAGGACCUCAUUCGAAGUUAAAUUUUGCUACGCCGUUGGUUGACGGAAUGGUAGUGUCUCGUCGUGCACUCGGAUCACUUGUAAGACAGACUACCGUGAAUGCUGGAAAACGCCGACGUCUGGAUCAUGACAGUUACCAACUUCCACACAUUCGCCGUAAACUGAAAAUAUCAGAAAUUGCGACGAAGUAUCGGUCGGAAAUGGAUGUCCCAUCGUUUUAUUCAAGCUUAUUUUACAGUCCUGAUGUAGGACCUUAAAAUCUUUAUUUAAAUGUUAUUCGAAAAUCCUGUCAUUAGAUUAAAAAUAAAGUGUACUUCUUCACUUUU